GCACCACGACUUUCUUUAAAAACAUCAUCAUGAGUGUAAUUCUGAGGCACAACAAUGGAUGAUACCCAAGACAUUAGCAAGCUGGCUCUUGCACUGUCAGAUCUGGAAUUAGCCUUGCUUCUUUGUCUGGCUGCCCAGGAACACUGUCUAAUCGAGACCACAGAGAACAGCGUCGAUGACGUUGCGGCAGAGCUCGCCUUGAUAUGCUCUCACACAUACGGUCUGACCUAUGCAAUAGUAGACUUUUCAACCCUUGUCACUUUUGACGAUCUUUGCGACCAGAUCUGUCUUCGCAAUACAAGAAGAACUGUCGAUGCGCUUAUAGCAAAGAAUCUCGACCAUGCAAGUGAGAACAUGCAACUGCACGCUCUCAAGUUAAUGCACUCAAAAAGCCUCGUCGCAGAAAGUACCGUUAUCGAGGCCCCGGCGCAGUUCUUGUUCAUGCCUUUGGUCCUGCGCGACUCAGGACAAGUUCAGCCAAAACUAAAUUCCCACCUAAAUGACCAACUUAUCAUCUCCUACUUUCACGAUUCCGACGACGGGUAUGUCUACUUAGAAGACGACGACUGGCACUCUGAAGGACAGGCCUCCUUGUCUUCCGUGGUCCAUAAACCAGACAUUCAGAAACAAAACGGCCAUCCGAGCAUCGAUCGCGAUCUACUCAACAAAGUAUACCAGGCUAGCAAAACUGUAAACGCCAGCGCUGAGCUCGUGCGAUAUCAACAGGACAUUGCGGUUUUUCUCCGUCUCAGUCGUGCUGUGGCAGGGGGGAUUUCAGCACGAUCAAACAUCCACUUCGCAAAACUAGCAAGACUUCUCGCCGUGCUCCAUGGGCUCGACUAUCUUACGCCGUCAAUUAUAGCACUCGCUGCGAAGAAAGUCUUCCGCCACCGGAUCGUCGUGGCAAAGCCCGAGGACGACCGCAGUUUGCAGUACGGAAGCGACGUGAAGGCAGUAGCUGCGGUGUUGGAAUAUGCGACUCCAGACACAAUACUGGAGAGUGUGCUCACUUUGGACGCUCCUCUCUAGCCUUGACAGAAUCCUGUAGUAUCAAUGUCUCGGGCUUGCUUCAUUAUUAAAUUACGUUUCCCGUUAAUACCCAAAAAAAACACCACAUCAUUCAUAAAAAUAAUUAAAAGGUAUCCGCACCAGAUCUGGGACACCAACCGGAGUAUCGAAUGUUAAGGAUGAUUUAAACAAACCCGCCAGACAAAACUCGGCAGACACUCAGGG